GUCAGCUUGUGCAGUUAUUAUAAAUGAAAACAUGUAAAUAAAAAUAUCCCUCACGUAUACGAAUAGCUGGAUAAACUGGAAAAGCUAUCAGCACCAAAAUGGUUAGUAAGAGUGCAAUGAGUGUCGAAGUUAACUCGGCCACAAAGGAACGCCCUGUUUUCAUACCGCCUCGGAAACGUCAACAAACGAAAGCCGAGGCGAAAAAACAAAAUUAUGUCGACCAUAUAGUCAAUGUGCAGGCAAAUCGACCCAAACUUUCGCCCUCUAAUCCCGGCCUCGAGGAGGAGCUUCUCAAAUCCAAGCUGAUAAUUAAAAACAAGCAGCCACUGCCACAAUUGCCUGGAGAAUUGGGCGUUCAGGACACACUCGCGAGCACGCAUUCGGCCAACUCCAAUAAAUCGGCCCAUUCCGCUGGAAAUCUCAAUGAGCUUCAGAACUUCGAAUCCAUUUCCCAAUAUACCAAAUCCACAUCGCAAUCUCAGCGCCACGAUAGCACGACAGUGACACCAAGCAGCUGUUGCUAUUCAGAGAGCAGCCUGGAUGCCAAAAUGGCCAAAUCCCACGACUGUCUUAGCAACCCCUUGUCCUCGAAGAAACGCGUCAAUAUACGUACAGCUGAUUUACCACAUGUGCGCAGUCAGCCAUCUCCAGAUAUAGCCAACUACGAGGACUUGGAGUCCGGCGAGACGAGUGUCCUGAACACAUAUGACCAGAGUUUGGAGCGCUAUCAGACCCGCAAGAAUAUCGAUGGGGGAAACUAUUUGACCAUGACUGGUACAGUGAAACGCGGGCGUAAAAAGGGCCAGUCUAUAGACUUGCAAAUAAACAUCAGUCGCGAAGAGUUGGAGCAACUCAAUGCUAAUGCCAUGACCCACAAGUCUCAGAAGGGCACAAAUCUCUGCUGUGUCUGCAGCUGCGGCAUUGGCUUGCACAUUUUGCUGUUAUCCUUGCUCUGUUUGCCCUUUGUUGUGGUCAUAUCGGCUGUGUACUCCUUCUACAUAGGCACCCUAACUUGGUAUAAUAUGUUCAACUACUACUGUGAGGAGAAAUCAUAUCUGCACAAGAUUUUUGUCACCCCCAUACUUAUUUUGGCCUAUCCGUUGGCUAUUGUGCUGUGUACUUUUGGCUUGGGUCUGUACUCGGGCUUUAGGCAGCUGAGCCUGCAAUACAGCAGCUGGGUAAAUGAUAUAACCGAUAUAGAAAAGGGAUUCUAUGGUUGGCUAUGUGGCUUUCUGCAGAUGUCCGACUGCAGCCCAUAUGAAGUGGUUAUAUUGACCGAUAUUUGUGUGGCGCCCCAGGAUCCACAACGGUUGCACAUAAACAAACCCAGACAAGAGCUGUCAAUGUAAGGAUCUGACUAAUUCUCUGCCAAUUGGUCAUAUGAUAUAUAAUUAAUGAGCCGUCAAAUUAAAAAGAGUCUAUGUGAAUAACACAAAAAUCCAAUAUUUAAACUUCUGUCAUAUAUUUGUAAUGAGAUCAUCUGACCUGUUCCCCCAUUUCUUCCAUUUCCGUCAAAUGCUGCUCCCGUUUUAGAGUGAAAAAUAUCUCGAUUGAUCCAAAU